AUGGCUUCUCAGUGGACCAAGAACGAGCCGGCAGUUGACUUGCCCGCUGCGUCUCAUCCAAACCCACAGAUCACCGAGUUCGGCCAGGUCAAGCCAGCAGCGGGCGCUGGGUCGGCACUGCCCUCUGCGGUGUCUCAAGUUGGCCUGCUCCCGGGGCCGUCUUUCGACCUUCACUCCGACCAAAGGGCUUUCUACAAUCUUGGCUCCUUUGUUCCUCGCCCGCCCGAGCUCAGUCCCACGUCACCACUUUCCCAUGCUUCGAGCUCUACCCCCAGCAUCGUUUUGGAUGGCGGCUGGCACUUGGUGGCUCCCUGGAAGCCAAAGUACGUCCUCUGCAUCGACGGCGGUGGCAUCCAGGCCAUCUCCUCCUUGAUUGUCCUCCGGGAGAUCAUGCGCGAGGUCGAAAUCCUUGAGACCCUUCCUGGAGCCGAUCGCCAGAUCCAGCGCCGACACGGCCAAACGGUCGAUCAGGUUAUCGGCGAACUCGAGCACCAUCACAUCGAUCUCCCGGUCCUGCCUGACGAUGACGGUCCGCUCCUUAGCCUUCCAAAGCCACAUCGUCAUGCGUGGCCUUAUGGCCGCGCAAGCGCCCUCUUCGACAUGUUUUCCCGCUACAGCAUCACCCGAAGUGCCCGCGCCUUCACCAUUUCAUCCACUACCAGCGUUAGAGGCGGCUCUGCUCCCUCAACCGAAGUGUCGGCCACCGCAAGCGAAUUUCAAGCCGAUCUUUUCAAGUGCCAGGUUAUAGCCUGGGCCUGGGCUGCUGAAGUCGAGGGGAAGAAGGAACAGGAUCCCUUCCCCUUUUGCACCUUUAGGUAUGAAACACCCGACCAAAACGGCCGCAUGACCUCUAUUCCUGAAGUCGCGAAAGCUGUCACGACACCCCGCAACUGCAAGCCCUUCAUCAUUCGCGAAGCCAAGUACGUUGAUGGCAGCCGUUUGAUUCGUGAUCCCAGUCUGGAGACCAUGAGAAUGCUCUCAUCCAUGUUCGAGAGUGAAAACGGUACUCCUUCCAUUGGGCUGCUCUUGAGUCUCGGGACCAAAGAGCCUGAACACCCUUGGUGGUACGAGAAGCUCCGCAAGCAUCUGCCGGGGAUUGCAUCCAAAUCUCCUGCAGAUAUUAGCAGGGCGAUGGCUUUCGAACAGGGCCGAUCUUAUCACUACUACAUUCGCUUCGAAGUUCCUUACAUCAAGCUUACCCGUCGCCAUAAGAAGGACGCUCCGGCACUCAUCUCUGAAAUCGAGUCAGCCACUAUGGCAUGGCUUGAUUCUGACCCUGCUCAUCGCGCGAACGUCCGCACUUGCGCCCGCUUCCUGGUUGAGACCCGCCGACAGCGUUCCCAGACUGAAAACUGGGAACGCUAUGCUCUCGGCGUGCGCUACGUCUGUGAAGAACAUGUCUGCAAAUAUGGACCAGACAGAAACCGCAGCCGUCUGUUUGAUACGCGCCAACAAUUCUUUAAACAUCUAGACCAGCGACAUCAAUUGACUAGCCGCGCGGCCUUACAUGGAGAGCAUGCCGCUGACUACAUCAGGGGCGAGUUGGAUAACGGGCGCAGAUUUGGCUGCUCGUGA